AGGAAAUGGCCUUGCAGUAACAAAUUCAUUGGACAAGCAAUUUAAUGAAUUGUCUGUCACGGCGUAACAGUGACGUUGUUACCAGUUGUUACAUCGUGGUGGAUUAAUUUUAUCACACCCAAAGCUAUUUUGAAUAAAUUCAAAAUUUUGUUAAACUAAAUGUUUAAUAAUAUUCACUCCAUUCCAAAUAGUGACUCACAAUUGGUAGGUGUACUCUCUUUGCAGUGAAAACUCAAUUGUUUUCGAGGAUACACCUAUUCAUAUCAAUAACAAUGGAUCCAGAGGUAUUGACGACCUUAAAACUCCUCAUGAUUGGAGAAUCGAAUGUUGGAAAGUCCAGUAUUCUAUUGAGGUUCACUGAGGAUGAGUUUUACGAGAACAUGCAGAGUACAGUGGGAAUGGACUACAAAACUAAACAAAUAACACUGGAUGGAGACACAGUAAAAUUAGCAAUUUGGGAUACUGCAGGCCAAGAACGUUUUCGAACACUGACCCCAAGUUACUACCGCGAUGGCCAAGGUGCUAUAUUGGUCUACGAUGUAACAGACAGGAACACAUUUAUCAAGCUAGAAACGUGGCUAGAGGAGUUGAACACGUACUGCAAUAAAAUUGAUAUUGUUAAAAUGGUAGUGGGAAAUAAAAUUGACUUGCCAAAUAGAGAAGUCUCGAUUGAGGAAGCUCUGACGUUUGCUAGGAGACACCAGACAUUGUAUAUCGAGAGCAGUGCAAAAACUGAUGAUGGUGUCAAGUGUUGCUUUGAAGAGCUCGUGCAAAAGAUUAUUCAAACCCCCGGUUUAUGGGAAUGUACACGUUCGAGAGGAUUGAACAGCCCUGGAGGCAGUGGACCGAGACAACGCUCAGGAAAACGAGGUCUUCGAUUAACAGACGACUACGAACCCCAAGAUCCAACGUCAAGCUGCUACUGUAAUUUGCUCUAAUCCAAAAUGAUAACGACCUAUUACACAUUUAAUUUCUCAAUAAAUGCUAUUUAUUUUGUAUUGUACAUAAGUUACUUGAAUUGAAUGAAAAAUGAAUUGAU